AUGUCUUGGGCAACAACUUGUUCCGACCAUCCUGUCGAACUUGCAUCAUCGGAGGCCAAUAUCAAUAGUCAUGAAUCUGUCGUGAACAAUCAUCACGAACCACACAAUGAUGAAACGAAUAAUCAUCAACAAAAUCAAACAACAACAGGGAAAAAGUUGAGCAAGGAAGAGAAAUUACAAAAACGAAAGGAACGAUGGGACAAUAAACGAGAAAAAUUCAAAAACCACAAAAAGAAAAAGAAGGAAAUCAAACAAGAACAAAAAAAGAAGGAAAGCGACGAAUUCUUUGAAAAGCUUCGGGAAGAAUUAUCAAAAGAGGAAUUUGAUAAAUUAAUGGAGGAAAACAAGAAAAAGAAGGAAGCAAGAAUCGAAUCACAAAGGAAGCAAAAAGAAGAAAUGCAAAGAAAAUUACAACAUGUGAUGACUACUGGACUUUCCAAUGAUUCAAAUGUCUGCAUUAAUAUUGACUGCUCGUUUAAUGACAAAAUGACAGAUGUUGAAAUUGUUUCACUAGCACAACAAAUUGGGAAAUGUUACGCUGCAUACAGAAAGAUGACUUCUCCUUUUUAUUUGGUAGCAACUUCUUUGGACGGCGCUUUAUAUGAAGACAUGAAAAAGUUUGAAGGAUUUCCCGACAAAUGGUUCAUGCACCAUUCUAAAAACCAUUUCACACAGGAAUUUGAAAAACAAUACAAGGAAAAUAAGAUUAUUUAUUUAUCGGCGGACGCAGAAGAAGAAAUUACAGAAUUUCAAAAUGGUUAUGUUUAUGUAAUUGGUGGAAUUAUUGAUCGAAACAGACACAAAAAUCUCUGCAACACUCUCGCCAAGGAUGAGUACAAACUACCAACAGCAAAAUUUCCUCUCGAGAAAUAUGUGGACAUGAAAGCUGCAACUGUUCUCACCACCAAUCAGUGUGUGGAAAUUAUUGCGACCGUCAUGGAAUUGAAAACACAAAAUCCCUCCCAGAGCAAUGAUGACAUGUGGAAACAAGCUCUUCAAAAAAUCAUUCCCAUGAGAAAACGAAAGACGUAA